AUGGCUCGCGCCAGGAUAUAUCGGGAGUCAUUGCUGGUGAUUUUAUUGCAAAUCGUCCUUUUUUGCUCUGCUCAGAGGGGCCCGGUCGGUCUCAGAGGCCCCGCAGGACCCCCUGGAAUAGCAGGAGUGCCUGGAGUUGAUGGCAUUGAUGGAGACAGAGGGGACGAUAACUUCAUAGAAGGCGGCCCUGGCCCUGAUGGGGAAGACGGCAAACCAGGAACUCCCGGAACAGCCGGCCUACCAGGGGCAGACGGUGUCACUGGACCUGUUGGAGAUCUCGGCCCAGAUGGGCCUCCUGGACCAAAAGGCGAGGGACCUGAUGGGCCUGAUGGUCUUCCUGGCGUGUAUAAGGGGGAAGACCUGUGUCCCAAUUCCUGUCCUUCUGGUCUUAACGGAUAUUCUGGCCUCCCAGGCAUGAAGGGCCACAAAGGGGUAAAAGGAGAGUCUGGUGAGCCUGGAAAGCAAGGACACAAGGGCCAAGGGGGACCCAGGGGAAUAACAGGCAUGAUGGGCCUCAAAGGUGACAGGGGUGACGUGGGCCAAAGAGGAUUAGUGGGCGAGACUGGACCAAACGGUGGUCAAGGGGCCCGAGGGCCACAAGGAAUCAGGGGCCUUCCAGGGGGCAAAGGGGAGCCUGGUCUAGCUGGGCCCGAUGGACGUGAAGGAAUUCCCGGAUUGCCAGCAUCUAAGGGUAUUACUGGGAAAGUUGGCAGUCCAGGUGAUACUGGGCUCCAAGGACUCCCUGGUUUGCCAGGCGCUUAUGGUCCAAAAGGACAAAGUGGCGAGAUGGGUAACUCUGGCGACCCCGGUUCUGUAGGACUAAUGGGGUCUCCUGGGAAAUCAGGGGAACGUGGCGAGCAGGGAGAAGUAGGACCUUUCGGAGCAAGAGGUGGACCAGGUGAAAGAGGAGUGCGUGGCCCAGACGGACCUGCAGGGGCACCUGGACCCAGGACAGGCAGAACAGGAGAGACUGGAAACAAAGGGCCGGAGGGCGGCCGGGGCAUACCAGGCCCAGAGGGAAAGCCGGGCCAACCUGGACCACGUGGCAUGCAGGGAGACAGAGGGGUACCAGGACUGACAGGGACACAGGGGCCAGCGGGGAAAAAACCAAGCGAUACACACAUCACACAAGUUUGCAUGAGGGUAAUGCAAGAGCAGCUAGCCCAGCUAGCAGCCAGCCUGAGGAGGCCUGAGACAGGCAUCUCUGGACUGCCAGGUCCUCCUGGCCCCCCUGGUCCAGCAGGCCCCUCCGGAGUGAACGGCUACCCAGGACUGGACGGGACCAGAGGACUGCCAGGUCUCAAAGGACCUCCAGGACUACUGGGUCGCAAAGGGCCCAAAGGUGACACGGGCGACAGAGGAGACAGAGGACCCACAGCGAGAGGGGUUAAAGGAGCACCUGGAGCACCCGGUCUGCCAGGUGAUCACGGUAGAGCCGCCUAUGGCACAGACGGCCGCGACGGCGAGAGAGGGCCACGCGGCGUUCCCGGUAUUCCCGGCGUUCCAGGGUCUCCUGGUCGUCCUGGCCUCAACGGCUACUGCGAGUCGUCACAGUGCAUCCUUCCUAUGGUGGCGUCACCGAUAUCGGCAAAAGAUUCCGGCAUGAAGGGGCCAAAUGAGGAAUAA